AUGCGUAAUAGAUGUAUGCAAGUGGAGGUGCUAAUACAACAUAAUCAAAAUAACUCUGGUCUCUCAUGUCGUAGCCGUCGACCUGAUGGUGCGCCAUCACCCACACCAUCAGAUACAUCCGAUUCUGAUAUAUCAUUAGGUACACACUCACCCGUUCCAAGCAGUCUGCAGCUACAACACAGUCCUGGGUCGACAUCGAAUGGUGCCAACGAUCGAGAAGAUGUUAGUGUCGAUGAUGAUAAACCACGUAACCUGUCAAGUUCCUUAAAAGUAAACUUAUCCUCAUAUGCGACAGCAGCAGCAGGAAUGCCAACAGCAUGUUUGCCACCAUUUAAACUAGAAGCCGCGACGAGUUUAUUUAAUGCCGGUUGUUAUUUACAAAGCUUUAGUAAUCUAAAAGAAAUGUCUCAGCAAUUUCCUAUACAACCUAUUGUCAUACGUCCGCAUCCACAACUGCCUCAAGCAAUUGGUCUCAAUGGCAGUCAUUUACAUCCGAACUAUGCAACUGCUACGUAUCCAGUAGAUUGCACACCACCAAAAAUUCGCGUCAAUUCACCGGAAAAGCUAAAUUCCACAGCAAAUUGCAUAGCAGCAAAUUUAAGUUCUGGUACACUACAGGACACUUCAACAUUUCAUCACAGCUCACAAUUAUUACACCGGCCUUUUUCCACUUCACCAGAUAUUAUAAAACACAAUCCAUCGGAAAUUACAUGAUGUAAAUGCAAAUAGAUCUAUAAAACGUAAAACCUGAAUCCAAAUUCCGAACACCGCUACACUAUUGAUGAGGACAAGUCCUAUAACUUUCCACUUAUUUCAACUAUUUUAUGCACCAUUCAACGUUCAAUCACAUUUUCAUUAAAUAAAUGAAAUGUUAAUAUAUAAUAAUAAUGCUGGGAUAUUAUGGAGUAUUAAAAGUAGCACACAUAUAUAUACACGCAUUUGAAUACAUACUUUAAGAUAUUCUGGAUAUCUAUACAAGUUAAUCAGUUGUGCUGAGGAAGUAUAUAACGAAUUCAAUUUAAGUUAUUCGCAAGUAGUUAGUUGAACCCAAAUUCAGACGAUUUUUUAUAUAUUAUUUUACAUAUACCUAUGUAUUAAUUUUAGUUAUUUAAA